AUGCAGCUUUGGGUUCAAGGUAUGAUUAGCAGUAGAAACUCUCAUUACAGUGCUGUAAGAAGUGUGCAAGAUGAUCUGCAAGUUAAUUCGGAUGAUUAUGCGAUUGAUGAAGAUGGACCUGCGGCAAAUGUAGAACCAAACUAUAACAUCACAGUUCCAGAAACAAGAAUAAACUUGCAGGAUGAACAUUUUCAACACAUGCAAGAACUGGUCAGAGGAGUUAUAAAUGCAGCAGGAGACCAAGAUGGUGUUAUUUGCUUUCAUGUAGUGUUACAUACUCUGGAACAAUUAGGUUAUCAAACUGAAAGUUAA